CCUCAGCUGUGAAAUGAUGGGUUAGACCACAACUAAGUCUCCCCUUCUUUGUUUUUUCUCUCCCACACAACAGUACAAAUAAACACUUCAUCAUAGUGUUCUCGAGAGAUAUGGUCCGAAUCAUCAGCGCACGGUGAGGCGUGGCUUGGUGAGUGGCCUGCCGCAGUAAAACGCUACGGAUCCGCAGCGAAUUCGCAACGCCGCAAUCAAGACGGGUGGCCUGUUGACUUAAUCCGCCACGGGCAAGCCUACAGCGAAGAUCACCGUAUGUUCAGGAGAUCAACUUUCGAACUCAGGACUGUUGACCUGCCAUCCGACAGAAGAAAAACAAGUCGGAAAAAACUCCGCCUCGUGACUCACCACGCAAUUUCCCGUGCCAGAAAUACUUCACACGCGCCACCAAGGCCCCCGGCCAUGAGUAUGCCUCUCAAAAUACAAUGUAGACUCUGUCUGGCCAUGCGCGAAGGUUGUCACGAUGGUUUUAAUGGCGAAAACACGGGUGCUGCAUGCCGGGACUGCGCAAAGACCGGCCACGCAUGCCUAUCCAAAGCCCAGCACUCGUGGCAGAAUCCGGGCUUUCAGCCCGGAUCCACUGAUCGGGUCUAGCCUGUCACAUCUCCUACUAUGUCACCUCCAGUGGCCUCUCCGGCUUCUUUCGGUGAAAUUGCUGAGCAGAGCCUUGAGGAGAGAAGAACGAUAGCUUUGGAAAUCAUCUCCUUGGCUGUUCGGCUCUGCGCGGUAAGUCUGGACAGUUUAGCAAUGCGAAUGGACACUGUCCGAGCAAAGGACCACGUCAAAGUAUUGGGGGUGACGAUGGACACGAAACUUCGUUUCGAAAAGCACAUCGCAGACGCGACGACAAAAGGGCUGGAGGCCGUGCUGGGACUCAGGCGGCUCAAAGGCCUGUCACCGGCGACGGCCAGGCAGCUUUUCGUCGCGGCCGUAGCACCGACGAUGGACUACGCGUCGAAC